UUUCGUUCGAUCACUUUAAUUUUUCCAUUUGCAACGAUCGCAUCGCCAAGUAGCUCCGCUCCCCAAGAAACCACAGAGUAGAAAAUCCCGCGCCAAACGAAAACGAAACACAAAUUUAUAAAUCAAAAAUAAAACAAAAAUAAAAAUCGCGCGCGCGCUUCAAAAGUCUGUGCUAAAUAAUGAGAUAAAUGUGCAGCCGCAGCGAGAAAUAUUAAUUCGGCAACUUCUCUGCUCUUCGUAAAGUGAUAAAGAGUGUGAAAAUAAAGCCAAACUAAGAAAAAAUUCAAUAAAUUUGGAAAAAGUGCUGUUUUUAAAUCCAACCAAAGUGGCAAUAAAGUGCAAAUUAAUACCAAUGAGAAAUGUGACUAAUCAAGCUAAACCAUUUGACAAAUUCAAAUAAAUAAGAAAAAGUGUCGAGCCUUAACGAAAAAACAUAAACUAAAGCACAAAACGAUUAACGGUAACGGUAACGGUAAGCCACGUACAACAAACCGCCUAUAUCAAAGAAGUGCACUGAACCGAAAAUCGAGAAUAAAGAACCGAUCCCCAAAAUGAGCAUCAUCGACAGCGGCAAGUACCGGCUGCGCAAGGAUUGGGCCAGCGCCUCCAUACCGUCAUUGGUCAAUAUCGACGAGCACGACGGCGACUGCGGGGACACCGAAUCCAGUAUGAAUGUUACCGCGCCCCUGCCGCCACAGAAGCCCCCGCGACGCAGCUCCCUGGCUCUGGGACUCUUCUCCAGCAAAUCCUCGGACAAGAGCCAGAAACGCCGCAGCUCCAUAGCCGUGUCCUUCCUGCGGCGCGAUAGUAAUAAGAACUCCACCAAAGACUCAUAUGAAUCCGCUGUCCGUAGCGAAAAGUCCGAUGGCUCUGGAACUCCCACCAGCCCGGAAAUAGUAUACAGCUCUGAGGAGAAUAUCCGGGCCAGCUCCCCGAAUGAGCCCGGCAAACAGACAUACUUUGAAGACGGCAGUCAGUCGCCCAGACCUGUGCUCCAAGGACUUAACUCCUAUGAGGGUCCAACCAACGACCGACAGCGUCGCAGACGCAGCUCGCUGCAGACCAAGCUGGACAGGCACCGACGCAAGAAGAUGGAGUACGUCAACCAGAGGAGCCUCGACUCCGGAAUGCUGUGCAGCGAAUCGCAGAGCGACUUGACCAAUGACAGUAUGGUGGAGCGGUCCAAUAGCUAUGCGAAUGGAAACGACGAUGACGACGACAUCACCGAUCCCAGCCACGGGGAGUACUUUCCGCGCGAGAAGCGCCACUCCUGGUGGAACAUAUUCGUGCCCGAUAAUUUCAAGAACAGGUCACGUAGGGCUAGUCAAGAUGUUUCCAGUUUGUCACGCAGCGUUGACAAUUUGGCGAUACCAGUGCGCAGGAGCAAAUCGCGCAGCGUGGAUCACGGCCUGGCGGCUCCAUUUGACUUGGACUCGCUCCGCUCGAAAGUCGAGCAGCGCUUCGAGAGUGUUGACAAGCUGUCAAGGCAAAAGUCUUCAUUGCCCACCAUACCCACCAUUUCCUACACCGUGGGCAAUCGCGACACCCUGACCUCAGUGGCAGCUAGAUUCGACACCACGCCCUCGGAGCUGACACACCUGAACCGGCUGAACAGCUCCUUCAUCUAUCCGGGCCAGCAGCUGCUGGUGCCCGACAAGAGUGCCAAAGAUGAUGCAUCCAGCAGCUGCACCAACGACCAGGAUGGAGGCAGCCUCUCCGGCAAGUCGAGUCCGGUUGAGCGCAAAUUGUCCGGCGACGAGAGCCGGGAGAAAGACAUCCUUGAGGGCCUGCGCCCUGGAUCCCCCAAACCGGGCCACAUCGAGCGCGUGGGCAGCAGCAGCCAGCAGCAAGCCGAGGAGGAGGCCAACAAGAGCGAUGACCCGGUGAUCACGCAGCGCUUCCUUAAGAUUAAUGUACGCCAUAUCACCGAUGGCCAGGGAGUGGUGGGAGGUGUGCUCCUGGUGACGCCCAAUGCCGUCAUGUUCGAUCCCAAUGUCAGUGAUCCGCUGGUCAUCGAACAUGGCCCAGAAAGCUAUGGUGUUAUCGCACCCAUGGAGCUGGUGGUCAAUGCAGCCAUCUUUCACGACAUUGCACACAUGAGAGUGGCCGGUGGAGCGGGUCAGGGCUUGGCCUCCGGCAGCGGCGGGUCCGGCGAUGCUGACAAGCCGGAAAUCUACUACCCCAAACCAGUAUUAGUCGAGGAGGACUCCAAGGAGUUGUCGGAGCAGGACGGCGAGGCCAACAAAGAGCGCUUGGAGGCUGAAAUUGGAUCCCUGGAGAUAGCCGACGACCAGGAGUCGCUCUGCUCCAGCACUGGACGCGAUGGCGAUGCCUUCCCCAAGGCCUUCGACCGCGAACGUGUGGACGACUCAUCUACGGAAGCCAAAGAUAGCGCUAAGACUGACGCUCAAGAGGAUGAGGAUAAGAAGGUCGGCCUGGGCAUCACAGACACCCGCACCACAUUGGAGGAGCGACGCAAGAGUCUGCUGGACCACCACUGGGCUAUUCCGAGCAAAGACCGAUCAUCGGAAGACGAGGGCGACAACGAGUCCAACAUCACCGUGGACAGCGGAUCGCGUGUCCAGGAUCCCCACUCGGCCGCCAGCUCCGUCAGCGGAGUGCCGCUUAGCCAGCCGACUGCAGCCGGAGCCUCGGGAGCCGUCGCCCCGGCAGCUGCCGCCUCGGCCGUUGGCCCCCUACCCCCCUCAGCCGUCGAUUUGGAGCAUUUGGAACAGCUCUCGAAGCAGUCGUGCUACGACUCCGGCAUCGACAUCCGCGAACCCAUUCCCAACGUGCAGCCUAUACCAAAGAAAACUGUUUACAGUGACGCAGACAUAGUCCUCAGCUCCGAAUGGGUACCACCGAAGACCAUUGUGCCGACGCACUUCAGCGAGUCCCCGCCGCGCAGCACCAUCCUGGGCCAGAGCCUGGACGCCGGCACCGCCGGAGGGGCACGCAAAAAGACAUCCAGUGUCAGCUUCAGCGUAGAUGACGAGGCUGCCCAGCAGGCUCAGGCCCAAGCGGCUGCAGCGGCGGUCACCGACAAGCAGGCGGACAAGAAAAACAAGAUGCUGAAACGUCUCUCGUAUCCCCUGACCUGGGUGGAGGGUCUGACCGGCGAGGGCGGAGCUGUGCCGCCCGCGGGGCUGGGCAGUGGCAGCCUAAACAAGUCGGCGGACACGGACUCAGCGCCCAACACUGGUGACUCCAACCAGAGUGUCUUUUCGAAAGUAUUCUCGAGCUCGCCCAUCACUCUGGUUUCAGAGCUGGGCGGGAAUCUAUUUUCGAAAACACCGUCCGAGGACUCUGGUGGCUCACCUGUGCCGCCAUUGACUCCGCACUCCACUCAUUCCGAGGGUCACAUGACCUAUGGGCGUUCCUCAAUCGGUACCUUUAUACGGCCGCACUCGUCGGAGGGCACAUCGUCCAGCACCAAACUGAAGGAGGCCAAGCAGGCGCCGAAGCUGGACUACCGCUCCAUGGUCUCCAUGGACGACAAGCCGGAACUCUUUAUCAGCGUGGACAAACUCAUUCCACGCCCGGCACGCGCCUGCCUUGACCCUCCAUUGUAUCUGCGCCUGCGCAUGGGCAAGCCCAUUGGCAAGGCUAUUCCGCUGCCAACCUCUGUCAUGUCCUACGGCAAGAACAAGUUGCGCGCUGAAUACUGGUUCAGUGUGCCCAAGAAUCGCGUUGAUGAGCUCUAUCGCUUCAUAAACACCUGGGUGAAACACCUGUACGGUGAACUGGACGAAGAGCAGAUCAAGUCGCGUGGCUUUGAGUUGAUCCAGGAGGACACCGAGUGGACCAAGAGCGGCACCACCAAGGCCAUACUCGGCGGCGGCAGCCAGGAUGGCGAGGAGAUUAGCGACCUGACCCGCGAGUCCUGGGAGCUUAUAAAGGCGCCGUUCGCCAAGACCUACAAGAUCAUUAAAACGGCUUCGCAUGCCGCAUCGCAUGAGGUGGAGUUGUUGGGUGGCGAGGUGCUGUCCAUGAGCACAGAUGAAUAUCGCAAGACUUCACUCUUUGCCACCGGCUCCUUCGAGCUUGACUUCCCCAUACCAGAUCUGAUUGGCAAGACAGAAAUUCUCACAGAAGAGCAUCGCGAGAAGCUCUGCUCACAUCUGCCAGCUAGGGCCGAGGGCUACUCCUGGUCGCUGAUCUUCAGUACCUCACAACAUGGUUUCGCACUGAACUCUCUGUACCGCAAAAUGGCGCGUCUGGAGAGUCCAGUUCUAAUUGUCAUCGAGGACACAGAGCACAAUGUAUUUGGUGCUCUGACCUCUUGCUCGCUGCACGUUUCCGACCACUUUUACGGAACCGGCGAGUCCCUGCUCUACAAAUUCAACCCCAGCUUCAAAGUGUUCCAUUGGACUGGCGAGAACAUGUACUUCAUCAAGGGCAACAUGGAGUCCCUUUCGAUUGGCGCUGGAGAUGGUCGCUUUGGCCUGUGGCUGGAUGGUGAUCUGAACCAGGGACGAUCGCAACAUUGCAGCACAUACGGCAAUGAGCCACUGGCGCCACAAGAAGACUUUGUUAUCAAAACACUCGAAUGCUGGGCAUUUGUUUAAGUGAAUUUCUGUUGUCAACAACAAGCAUAUUUAAUGGGGGGAGCGCAGGCCUCCCGCCCAACUACCUAUUUAAUUAAUUAUAUGUACUUGUACUAAAAACCAACAACCUGAGAAGAUGUCAAAAGCUGAUGUGUGUCUAAAGCGCCAUCCCCAUCCCCACACCCACACGCCGAUACACUGCAUGGCGGACGCCCCGCGGAAGGAGGAAUGGCCUACACUGAUCUGAGGAGGAAUGCUUAAGCGUUGGAACGUAUUCAUUAUUUAGUUUUUAUAUUAUAUAUUAUUAAAAAUGAGUAACUAAAUUAUGUGUUAGGUUAAAGCCACAGCAGCGAAAAAAAAUGUAUGAGAAAACGACACGGAAAUUAAAGCGAAAACAAUUGGAGAUAGCAUUAGGUGCACACGCCCACCCAUUCAGAGGUCAUCACACAUCAACAUGCAUUGUAGAACACACCCACUCACACACACAAACAAACACACACACAUACAUACACAUAUUAGUUAAGUUCUUAUCGAGAAAAGAAAAAAUAUAACCAUCAAAUUGUGAGAAAUAACAUAUAGAAGAAAAGAAUGCGAGUUUGAAAUUUUUGAUAAUUUUGAUGUGCCUAGUUCCCUCGAUUGACUAAAGUUUGAAUUUAAUUUGAUUUUUUUUUUAGUUUCUCUGUCAAGAGGGGCACUGUGCAAAUAGGCCAAGGAAACGAUCUGAAAAGUUGAGAUGAAAAUAUAAAAAGAAUGUCGAUAUAAUUUUUAGUGCAAAAGUGUAAACAUUUCAAUGCUGAUUGCAAGUGAAACUGAAAGCGAUAACUCUUACGAUUUGACUUUUAUAUAAAUAUAGAGAAUGAGAAGCAGAUAGCGAGCGAUAGCGAUUUAUUUUUUAGUUGUACACGAAAUACAUAAUUAUGAUUACUUUAAUGCUAAUGAUGUUGAUUUUUAUGCAAUUAUACUAAAACGAAAAACAGAAGCAACACCAGAUUGAAAUACACAAUAAUAUUAUACAACAAAA